UGACGUCGGCGAGAGUGACGAGCAUGUCAUGCGAACAGGAUUUGGUUGAUUUUCUCGCCAAGCUGAAGCUGUCAAGAUGCAGAGAAUAUCUUGUUCAGAACAACGUCACCUCCUUGGACUCACUCAAGAAGUUGCCCGUGAACGAUCUCAAGGCCAUCGGCUUCCGAACUGAGGUGAGGAGCCGCAUUCAGAAAUCUCUCAACAGCUCUGAGCCGGACACGGAAUAUUUCGAGGAGGAGAAGUAUGUAACAGUUGACGAGGAGGAGGAAGCAGCCAUUCAAGAGCAGAGCAAGCCCACCAGUGCGAAGAAGAAGAAGAAGAGUAAGGGAGCAUAUAAGCACGGCGGAUCCUCAUCCUCGAAUCCAGUUCCGGGAGAGGAUGGAUCGACUCUUGAGCCUCAGCUCGAACAGUUGCUCUCCACCCUCGGGCUAUCGGAGUGUGCACCAGUGUUUCAACGCAACAACAUCACUAGCCUCGCCUCCUGUAGAUUCGUGACGAAAGAGGCGCUGGUGGGGAACUUUGGGGUCCCGUCGGAGAAGGCUGGGCUCUUGCUAUCCUACAUCAUUUCUGCCUCACCAGGUGUCGCCCAGGAACGCCGGCUGCCGGAGCUGGCACCGGAUCUAGACAUGAUUGUUUCUUCGCUGAAUCUCCCUGAGAUCGAUAGGCGGAUGGUGAAAACGGCGCUGCAGACCAACGAGGUUCUCUCUGUCAGAGAUGCAAAGGCGAAGCGAUUCGCCAUGAUGAACGAGCUGGGUUUGUCUGCGGAUGCGGCAACAGAGCUCGGCCGGCUGCUCGACGCUGGACCCGUGAUGCCGCACCACAUGCCCAACUCGUACCAACAGCAGCAGGCCGCGAUGCAGCUGGGAGGAGGAUCGGCGUCGGGGGCGCAGUAUGCCUACUCAUACGGGCUCAACGGUCAGCUCUUCGGGCAGGAUUUGUGGACGCCCAACCAGGCCUAUGGAAAUAGCUUUCAGGAUUCAGUUUAUUGGAACGGACAGCACUCUAAGUAUGCCCCUGCC